AUGGAGCCAACCGCCAGCCUCUCCCAUCAGGAGCUGCUGGAUGGAGGUGAUGUCAGCAGCAAGUGGCGCCGUUGGUGGGGAACCAAAAAGAACGGUACGGACCCCAAGGCUUUGGAUGCCAAGGACAGGAAAGUCAUUGUCAUUGGAGGUGGAGACACCGGGAACGACUGCAUUGGCACUGCAGUGCGUCAGGGUGCGAAGUCGGUCAUCAACCUGGAGCUCAUGCCGCAGCCCCCGAAGUCCCGGUCCCCCAGCAAUCCCUGGCCCCAUUGGCCCAUCGUUUUCAAGGUGGACUACGGACAUGAAGAGGCUGCGCCCCUGAAUGGCAACAAGGACAUCCGAGAGUACGGAGCCCUGACCAAGGAGUUUCUGGACGAUGGAAACGGCAACUUGAAGGGCAUCAAGAUGGUCAAUGUGCGGUGGGAGAGGAUUGAUGGCCAGAUGCGAAUGGUGGAGGUGCCAGGAAGCGAGAAGAUGUUGGAGGCCGACAUGAUCCUGCUGGCUCUUGGUUUCCUAGGCCCAGAGCAUCCGCUUGCCACAGCCUUUGGAGUCGACAUGGACGAGAGGGGAAACUACAAGGCCCUCUAUCAGAGGAGCGAAGGCGACUUCCAGACCUCAAAUUCCAAGGUCUUUGCAGCUGGCGAUUGCCGCCGCGGCCAGUCUUUGGUGGUUUGGGCGAUCAAGGAGGGUCGUGAUGCUGCAACAGCAGUAAACAGUUACCUCAACAGCGGCGACUAUCCCGGCUAUGCCUCCUAG